AUCACCAGAUAGUUUUACGAGCUAGCUGGUUCUAUCAGAAGAUCAAGAUGAUGACUCUUUUCUGUGCAAUAUGGAGCUCAUUCCUGGUUCUUGCUUCAAGCUCUCCGAUUGAAAAAGAAAUCACAAGAGCGGACGACCUCCGGUACCUAAUAGGUUAUUCCGAGCCCUAUUCGACCGGCGUGUCCUACACGUUCACCGAGUACGUGCCAGACUUGAGCGUGGUGAUGAUGGACGAUAUCAUCGAUAGCGUGUGUGGGACUGGAUUAUGGAUACUGUAUGACUCCAUCAACUACGACUCUAACCACGAGGUUUGCGUUUAUGAGGGAGUAAACGGCUGCGGGACUUGGGACACAUUCUGUUGGAAUGUGGGAUCUUCGCUCAGAUAUGCCGGCAGUCCAUCGGGUAUCAACAAUGACUACUACAAUUUGUACAAAGGCACAACUCUACGCGGUGAGGAAUUCCGAGGCGCCACAGACGCUGCUGACUUGGGCAUCUUUGACCUCACCAUCUCAUCAUUAGUGGUGACUGGCCAGUCAGCGUGGACAUUCUAUGAAGGCCUUAACUUCUCGGGGUCCGCCGUGUGCGUGUAUGCAGAUCAGCACAUCUCAAACAAUGGCACUGAUCUCGACUUUAUACAUGUUUUAGCGUUGAGUGAGAUCGGCCUGCCCAACAACUCCAUCAGGUCUGUGAAGCGCGGCUGCCACGCCGAGCGCGUGGUGGGAGCGCCCCUGAACGGCACUCGAGGCGGUGGGAAAACGUCCAUGACGUCAGCAACUGAAGAGAUGGACGCGAUGUCCAUCACACGCGUACACACAGUGCAUGUGUAGCGCAUACAUGGUCAUGAUGUUUAUUUUCCACUUCUUGUGAAAGAACUAAUUGUAAACGCGUCAGCUUACAUAUACUGAUAAGCUGCAAUAUAGUGUUGGACAGAUAUAUGUUUUUUUUAUUUGGAAUGUUCAUUUGUAGGUAUUUGAAACUCUUGGAAUGGAAACAAGAAUUUGG